AUGUCUAACGUAACGGAAGUAGCGAGCGAUUUCGAUAUAGAGCAAUGGUCGCAGUUUCUGUUAAAAGUGCGAGGAGAAGAGCCGCCUUGGACGCUAGUGAUAUUAGUUAUGUUCAUGCUGAUAAUUUUCCUCGUCAGUUUGGUCGGGAAUCUUUUGACUUGCAUCGUCAUAUACUACGAUAAGAACAUGCAUACUGCAACAAACUAUUAUCUGUUCAACCUGGCGAUUUCAGACUUGAUUGUGACGUUCGCAAUGCUGCUGGAUCUGUAUGAGCAUCUAAGUGAUUCCUAUAAAUUCGGUGACGUUGCGUGCAAAAUACAUUUCUUCUUUGUUAUCUUAUUGUGGAACAACAGUAUUCUUAUUAUGACUACACUGGCUGUUGAGCGGUAUGUAGCCAUAUGGCACCCGAUGCUGCUUAAAUCUUCUUCGGUUUGUCGGCGCGUCACGAAAGUGAUAGUGAUCGUAUGGAUAAUUGCAAUCGUGGAGACGCUCCCUGAAGUAUGGGCGGUGGAACUGAUCAAAACAAAGAAUUCCUUCGUGUGUUUCACAGUACCCACUCCAUACGCCAGAUUUAUAAACGGCGUGCUUGCACUGUUGACUUUCGUUAUCCCUCUGGCGAUAAUGACUUUCGUAUAUACAAUGAUUGCUUUAAAAGUGAACUUCGCCGAGAGAUCGAAAUCUAAGAACCAAGUUUUCAACCAUCGCGAUAACAGGCGUAAAGUCAACAAACUCAUUACAUUGACGCUGUCAUUCCUGGUGUGCUGGCUGCCUUUCUGCAUGUUUCGUGUGCUAAUAUUCGUGUACAACAUGCGCCAACUGAUGCAACUUGCGAAGUGGUGGAGUAUCGGUCAGAGGGUCAUGUUAUUCCAUAAUUGGUUCAGCAUCGUGCUUAAUCCCAUCUUAUUCAGUUUGAUGUCAACGAAGUUUAGAAAAUCACUAAAGAAUCUUUGGGAAACAAAAUUUAAAAAGCAGCCGGUAGAAACACAAAGAGAUAAUGCCAUA